AUGUCCGUGCGGUAUACGCUUAACCUGAAGGUCUUCUGGCCGGUAGUGACCGGACUAUGCACAGCUCUGGUGUGCCUCUACCAUGCCCUGCGCAGCAGCGAGGGCGCCAGAGCCGAGCCCCCCGACGGUGCAGACAGCGGCUUCCCGCUGCUCAAGGUGGCCAUCCUUCUUCUCCUCGGCUACAUCCUCCUACGAUGUCGCCAUACCAUCCGCCAGCGCCUCUUGCCAGCCUCUUCCCGCCCGUGUGGCCACGCCAACUUCUCAGCCAGAUCCUUGCAAGAGCCAGGCCUGAGCAUCUUGCUGGAGAGUUACUAUGAGCACGAGGUGCGCCUGUCGCCGCAUGUGCUAGGUCACAGCAAGGCGCACGUGAGCCGGAUCGUGGGUGAACUGGUGCAGGCCGGCCGGGCUCGAGGGUCUCCAGGUCCCAUCACUGGGGGAGCACUGGCUUUGGCCUUCCGGGGAGAUUUCAUCCAGGUAGGCAGUGCCUACGAGCAGCAUAAAAUCCGCAGGCCAGACAGCUUCGACGUGCUGGUGCCACUGCGCCUCCCGCCGCAGGUGGCGCUGGAGCCGCGGAGCCUGGGCACCGAGCCCACGCUGGUCCCUGCCUUCCGCAGCUGCUUCGUAUGUGCCCUCAAGGCACCUCCCUCGCCAUCGGGGACCACGACGGGCCAGUGGCAUCGCGACUGCAAGCCCUUUGCUGAAGGGUUCUGUGUGGAUGUGCAGGGCCGGCGCCACCUCUCGGCUACCCUGGUUCUGCGCUGGUUCCAGGCGCACCUACAGCGCUCCUUGGCUACCGUGCGCUACAGCCUGGAGGGUCGCUGUCGGGUCAGCCUGACUCCAGGUAGUCUGGAGCAGCCUCCCACGCUCCAUAUUCUUCCUUGCCGCACGGACUACGGCUGCUGUCGCCUUUCCAUGGCCGUGCGCCUCAUCCCCGCUGUCCAUCUGGGCGAUGGCGUCUUCCUUGUGGCACCACCUCCACCACCCUCGCCAAGCGGGGCCCUGUCCGAGCUCCCGGGUGGCCUGUGCACUGAGGCACUGUGGGGUGUGAAUACAGCACGCCAGGAGCAGAAACUGCUGGGCUGGCUUCAGGAACGGGCGCCUCCAGGUGCCUGCUACCUCAAGUGCCUGCAGCUGCUUAAGGCUCUUCGAGACCUGGGUGCCCGCGGGCUGGACCCAACGGCUGCUACCCAGUGGGAACGCAUCCUCUCCUCCUAUGUGCUCAAAACGGUGCUGCUGGCGGUGUUUCUGAACGAGGGCGGCCCAACGCACAGCUGGGACGAGGCACACCUGAGUGAGUGCUUGGAGAAGUUGGUGAAGUUCCUUAGGGACUGCCUGCUGCGCCGCCGAGACCUCUUCCACUGUGUCUUGGGCCCAGGUGGGGUGGCCGCUGAGGUGGGCCCUCUGCCCAAGGCGCUUCGCGAGGCGGCUCCAGUUGACCUCCUGGCACCUUUCGACCUGCGCGCCCGGGAGCUUGCAGCAGCGCGGUUGCUGUCCACCUGGCGAAGGUUGCCCCAGCUUCUCAGGGCCUACGGUGGCCCCCGAUACCUUGCCAGGUGCCCCACACCCCGAAGUCAACGCAUCCAGGGCUUCCCGGAAGAUGAGCCAUGAACCCUGAUUACACUCCACCUGACCAAAUGCCCCUUUCCACAGGAUGGGAGUGAGGGUGGCAGUUAAACUCGAGAUGAGCUGUAGAAAGUGUUGGGAAAUUUGGAGGAUAUCAAAGGCUUUGGUGGCUUAAAUGUUCUGCCCUAGGAUAGCUGUGGCAUCUUCAGCAGGCCCAUUAGAGUGUCCUGGGUGGUCUUAUACGCACAUCUUUCUGCCCCCAAAUUAUUAGAAGCAAUCAUGUUUGACAUACGUAUUUGUUAGAUACUACGUUCUCAGCUGUUUUUGGAGGAGUGUUGUGUGUUUAAUUAUGGAGCUGGAAUCCUGGACCUUGCAUAUGCUAGGUAGACACUCCACAACAGAGCUAUACAUCCUGGGCUCUUAGUUUUGUUUUUAAAGGGGAAGAAAAAAAUCCUUAUCCACAACUGGAACUGAAAUUCUAGUUCAGCUGUUAGUAUUCUAGAGUCAUAAUUUAGCCAUUCCCACGAGCAUUCAUGUAUUUUUAAUAGUGCAAAGACAAGUUUGUUAGCAAGAUUAAUGGAAUUGUCAUAAAUCAAUUGACCUGUGGUGGGGAACUGGUUAGAGACUUUCAGAGCAAGCAGCCUUUUAUGUCCAGGCAUUCUUUUGUUCAGUGGCGGUGGACCCAGCGGCUAUUCAAAGGAGGCUCCAUGCAGUUAUUGGAAAGACCAAAGCUCUGAAAAAGCAGCCAGCCGCCAUUCAACACUCCCCAGGCCACAGGUGGGGAUUUGCACUCGGCACAUGUUCAUUUGAGCUAGGCAGAAUGCAAAGAAAAAAGAUCCUUAAUUAAGGCAGGUCUGGUGAAAGUGUGAAACACAAGUCUUGAGAAAGAGCCUAAGGCUCCCUGUGAGCUGGACACAACCCGCCUUUGUUUCAGUGCUUCUGAGCAAAUGGCGCUGCAGGCCUGUUUUAGAGUUUAAGUACCUAUGAGGAAAAAACGCUUGGCAUGCUGCCUGGGAAGGAUUAGGCUUCAGUGAUGUCUUGUGUUGGGGUAGCCGUUGGAAGGUUCUUGAUUGCCUAGACAACCUUACCUAGUCUUGAAGGCCAGCUCUUGCUUCUGCUUAUGACCUAUAAAAUAGUAGCUUGCAGUAUGUGCUUAGAGACCUGUCACUUCUCCUCAGUUGGCACAGGAGGAAUGAGAGAGCUGGCUCUCUAGUGCUCUGCGUCUCCAGGCUGGGUGCCUCCCUCUUGCAGUUGGGAAGAGCCCAUUCUCCAGAGCCUCUCAUCCUCCCAACUUCCUGACAGCUCCGAAUGGCAGUUCAAGUUUAGGAUGUCCCACCUUCCUCUCUCCUAGUGGGAAAGGUGGCCAGCAAUAUAUUUAUGGAUUUUCUUUUUAAAUAGCAAAGAUCUGCUUCCUCAGACUCUUUAAAGAGAUGAUUUUUGCCUAAAAGUAGUCACAUGAAUAAGGCCAUUGUUAAUUUCUUAGCUAUCUGGAGGGAACUCUGCAAACCCCCUUUCUUUAGGGCACGGGGUUGGCAAUCAACAGUAAUAGAGUGUAGGGAACUUCUCAUUAGAGCUGUGCUGACUUCUUGUGUCCUUUGCAACUGUGGAUUGAAAGAGAAGCAGCUGUCUCAUUGAGUUGUUUGGGGGACCAUUCCUCUUGAUACCCCAAGGUCAUUCCUAAGAUCAUUCCUAGAUUUUUGAGGCCAAUAUUUGGUCAUUAGGUACGGCAUUGGAUGUAGGUAGGGGGUCAUUAUGUUAGCCUCUUGCAAGGAUAGAAACUGCACAGUGGGUUUUAAUUACUUUAAAAGUCAAUGUCAAGGGAAUAUUUUGUGUGUGUGUGUGUAUGUGUGUGCGUGUGCGCAUGGUUGUGUGUUGUGUGUGGGUCUGUUUUUCUGUGUGUAUACUACACACAUGAUUUCCAUACUCAGCCUGUUGAUUCCUCUGUAGUCAUUAAGUUACAAUAGGGGACAAUGAGGCAAUUUUCCAAGUAUUAGAUUCCUUUUUAAAAAAUAAUCUUGAUAAUAUUUUAAAGUAUAAAUCUGGUUAUUGUCAUAAAUAUGAAUAGCUUGUAUAAGUAUCUCCUAGGGUUUUUUUUCCGUUAUUUUUAUUUUUUUCUGGGUUAUUAAGCAAAGCUUCAUCCAUCCUCAAAGCUUUUAAAUUUUAUUAUUAUUAUUAUUAAAUUAAUGGGCAUUGUGUUUAUGAAUUAAAAAUAUUAAUGUUUUAUUUAAUGCCAUGCUGAACAGUUGUUCUCGAUAUGUGGCAACCAAAACUUAAGAGAUUUCGAUCAAUUUUGAUCAAUGUUUAGUGACCUGAAGCAUGUACUGUGUACAGAUGCAAUGGUAUGGCUGUUAUGGUGGCUGCCGAGGCCUUUGCAUUCAGCUUAGUUCUGCAUUUCAUUACAGCUACUGUCACGGCCUCCAAUUGGUGUGUACACAUUUUUGGUGUAUAUUUGGUACUGCAGAGUCAUAUAUGCCAAUAUUCUAACAUAGGAUGGCUCUACCAAAAAAUAAAGAGUUGUUUAGCCAGGGCCCAAAGAAACUGUUUUGAGGCAGAUGACUCAGCCCUUUGCAGUGACACUUCAGUGACUCCCACUGCCUGGCUCUGAGCCUUCCUGGAAUGUUCGUGGGCUGGGAGAAUCUGUGCUUUGCAAAACGAAGUUGGAGUGGAAAGAGAGGAAAGUUUGAGUGGAUACAAAUAUUCUCUGAGGAUUUGGGGAAGGGGACUUAAGAUGGAUGUGAAUGGAAGAAAUGGGAGGAAGGAGACAGGUAAAAAUCCCUGGGAGGGUGGGAGAGAGUUUUGGGUGAGGAAAUGUGUUUUUAGGUAUGUGCUAUUUCCAGCCAGGAGUCACAGACUCAGUAGCCUAGAGGCAGGGAACUAAAUAAGAGUAGGGAGUGUGGUGGGGGCUGUGACUACCUUAAAGAGGGCAGCCACAGCUCUGCUCUAGGUGGGAAAAGAAAAGGUGGGGCUAGGAAUUGGUAUUUCAAAUUAAAAUACUGAAGCUCGCUGGCUUUUGAUUUAAGGAGUAAUUUAAUGUCUAAAACCACCUAGCAGAACCUGAGGCCACCAGUGUUCGACCCCUUGCCUUACAGGUAGCCUUCCCCCCAAGUAUAUAUAUGUAAGGUUAUAUUCUUUGCCAGGGAGAUGAUGGUUUUAUAUAUAGGAGGGGGUGUGCUAGAUCAUUUCUACUUCAUCUCUCAGAGUUAAGCUUUAUUAUGGGAAUAACAACAGAAAAAACUAACACGACCACAGAUAACAUUUAUCCCCAGUUUCUGGUAGGGCUCCCGUGCAAGCCUGGCUCUCCAGUGAGAACCACUGAAACACGUGGGGCUAUUUCUGGUUUCUCUUUGCUGGUGAUUUGGGGUCAACUACUUGGCCUGGCUGGAGCUUGCAGGUGAGUAAUAAGGUUCAGCUGCAGAGUAAGUUCUUUGUAUUUGGUUCUCAUAUGAAACUAGUUUUCUUCUGGUUGUUGUCCAUGGUAAUCCAGCCUGGGACUUCACAAUGUUGUCUGAAGGUAUUAAAUACCAGCAAAACAAAACAAAACAAAAAACCACAAAAAACAGCCAGUGUUCCAUCUUUGGACCAAUUCCAUGGCAUUAUACUAUUCCCACCUCCAAGAACACUGGCGGACUUCACUUCCAGCAUCUCUAACCCUUUCUGACUCAGUGUCUCCCACCAAAAUUAUCACCAGCUGAAGCUUGCUUCCAAAGUGUCUUUUGUCACCUCCCAGUCAUGUUUUCCACAGAAUGGGCUUCCUGGCUUUGACCUUGAUGAAGAGGUUUUUCCCAUGUCUACACAAAGAAAACUUCUCCCACAUUUCUGACAUCCCUCAUGAGGGAAACUGGUUCAGUGUUACCGCUGUGGUGUGUUAGUUUUUUCUUCUUUAAUUGCUUGUCUGCAACACAUCUAUUUUUUUAUGGCACAUGGGGUGGGAAUAAUGCUAGUGGAAGUCAAGAGAGGGUGGCAAAUUCCAGAUCAUGUACACAGAGAAAAUAGAGUAAGAACUGCAGCUAACUUAUAUGGAAUCUGGUUUUGGAAAUAUUGGAUAUUCAGGAAUAUUUUAGCACCUUUUGGGGAAAAAAGGUUGCCUUGUCUUAGUCAGUUGACUUGAAGCAUUCCAGCGUUGGCUGUUUUUAAUGUGCCUUCUGACCCCAAACACUGGGAUACAGUUUGAGGGUCUCAGUUACAGCCUGUUUGUUCCAAUAAACGAGACCAAAGAGUUAAUCAGACCUGGUUGGCUGCUAUCACAACUGUGUGAUUAAGGAUGUCUUAUCACACAGUUUCCAUGGCCCCAGUGGUCAAGCCUGUCACUCUCAUCUUCAUUUGAAGUUGGAGUAAAUUUGCACUUUUGGAUCCUGUGGGUCACUAGGGGAUCUAGCUCUUUCCAUUUUGCUGUAUCAAUAAAGGAACUUGGGGAAACCUC